GGCUACAGCAGCGGGAGGAAUUUUGCUUGUUUAGGUUUGUAGUUUAAAGCAGGUCGCUGUUUACGGUUAAACUUCAGGAUACUGGUGGCUGUAUUUCUACAGGCUGACCUAUUUACUGCUGUCUGGAUCUGUCCGGUUUUUAAAAAAGCUUGUAUAGGAGCUUUUGCCUGGUGUCUGGCAGUUUGUUACUGAGCUAUGUCUGUGGCGAUUCUCGUGCGACUGGCUGUGCAUGGCGGGUCGCGCGUUAGCCGCAGAGUUGUGCUGAACACUGCCCACGUUCUUCAGGACGAGUCUAGGCGGACACUAUACAGUCCAUCUGGAACCCGGCCCAGCAACUCGCGCUUCGACCCAGACAGUAGUGGACGCCCCACUACGUGGGACUCGUUUGGCAUCUGGGACAAUCGUAUCGACGAACCCAUUUUGCUACCGCCGAGUAUCCGCUAUGGCAAGCCCAUCCCCAAGGUCAGCCUGUCUAAGGUGGGCUAUGCCUCACAGAUCGGCCAACGCAAAGACAAUGAGGAUCGGUUCCAGCUGUCACAGAUGACCGAUAACAUCCUUUAUUUUGCUGUGUUUGACGGCCAUGGAGGAGCCGAGGCUGCUGACUUCUGCCACAAGUACAUGGAGCAGCAUAUUAAAGAUCUUGUGACCAAGGAGGACAACCUGGAGCAAGUUCUGUCCAAGGCGUUUCUUAAUGUUGACAAAGCACUUGCAAGGCACCUUCACUUCUCCCCUGAUGCCUCUGUGCUGACCGCGGGCUCCACGGCUACUGUGGCGCUGUUGAGAGACGGCAUCGAACUGGUGGUGGCCAGUGUGGGAGACAGCCGUGCCAUGCUCUGCAGGAAGAGCAAAGCUCUUAAACUUACGACAGACCACACACCUGAAAGAAAGGACGAAAAAGAGAGGAUUCGUAAGAGCGGCGGCUUCGUGACAUGGAACAGUCUGGGCCAACCUAAUGUCAACGGGCGACUAGCAAUGACGCGCAGCAUAGGAGACUUCGACCUAAAAAACUCUGGGGUCAUCGCAGAGCCAGAAACCAAAAGGAUUACAUUGCAUCUCGUCCACGAUGCCUUCCUCGCCCUCACCACAGACGGCAUCAACUUCAUCAUGAACAGCCAGGAAAUUUGUGAUGUCAUCAACCAAUGCCACGACCCCAAGGAGGCAGCACAUCGUAUUUCUGAGCAGGCACUGCAGUACGGUGCAGAGGACAACAGCACAAUCAUCAUAGUGCCAUUCGGCGCGUGGGGCAAAAACAAGAGCUCGGAAGUCAGCUUCUCCUUCAGUCGCAGCUUCGUAUCCAGCGGUCGCUGGGCCUAAGUAAAAGACAUAAAGGAAAGUGCGGGGAGGCCAGAGAGGGCAAAAUAAGUGUUUGAACAAAUCAGUGGGUCAGGUGGGAACGUGAUCCUAGUAGAUCCUACUGGACCCAUCCAGUGUGCAAUAAUGUCUGUUGGUUGCGUUAAAGGAAACUGGAAGUAAAGACCAUCAGACUUUUAUCUUAUAAACCAUUCAUUCGGACCAACAGUUCACGACUGCAUAGUUCCAGUGAGAGACAGUGAAGUGAUUAAAGUAAGCAAUACUGUAUUAGGAACAUAUGGCUUUCCUAAAUGUACUGUUUUAGUGUCCAGUAUGUGCGCACAAUGAAUACAGCACAAUCUGCAUUUCCUUUGUAGGCACAUUUGUGUGCCUUCAGAUUCAUUUUGUUCUCAGUUUUACCUCAAAACACACACAGUGUACUUUUUUAAAAGUAAUUGUGGUAAGAUGUUUUUUCUUCUUUUUUUUCCUAGCGCAUUAGAUAGGCCACAAUAAAGGUGGGCAGUGUGGAACAAUCUAGCAAAACGUAGACAUCAUGAUGUGCAGUAUGUAUUUAUUAAAGUUUGAUUAUUGCCAAGAAAAACUCA